AUGCACAGCCGCCGGCGCCUCACACUCUUUCUCUACGGCUUUGCCCUCUUCUCUUUUGUGGCGGUCAACAUGAUGCUGGGGUACUACGUGUAUGUGGAGAUGCGCGCCUUCAAUGUGGUCAUCACGGGUGCCGAUCGCACUGCCAAGCUGCCGGCGCACGAGCGGUCCCUCUUUCGGUCGCCCGACGUGGCCGACGCCGACGUGGAGAACUACGUCCAACGGCGCGCGUUCACCGACCUCAUCGACAAGAUCGACGACCUCGGGCAGACCAUCCGACUGCUCAUCCAACGCUCGGCCUCCGCCUCCCCCGUCAGGCCAGGCACGCUCUACUUCACCCAGCUGUGCAUAUGCGUAGAAGUGGUGGGGAAGAUUAUGGACGUGGAGUCCAUGCCCCUGUUCUCGGUGUCCGUGCCCAGCCUCUGCGAAACGGCCAGCUCGGGCUACCACUACACCUACUUCCUCUGCUACACCCAGGGCGACUCCGUGUUCGGCGAUGCCGCAGUGGUGCAGCAUCACUUUGAUCAGGUCGGCUGUACAAUCGUCGCGCAUGUUGGCCAGAUCAAGCAGGACAGCGCCGAGUGCAGCCGAUGGCGCAGCGAGGAGUUCGAGGUGGACUUUGUGCUGGUGGAGGCCGGUGAGCGGGUAACCGGCAAGCGUGGGCUGAGCAUCCUCUUCAACUUGCCCACCCUGCACGCCUUCGCCGCCGGCUACGAGUUCUUCUACCUGGUCAACGACGACCUCCGCUUCGUAUCGCCGCGGUGGACCGAGGAGCUCACCGACCCCUUCGCCGAGUUCCCCUUCUUCCAUCGGCUGCACGUCGAGAUCCUGGUCGACGAGGCGCCGGCCCACCCCUACAUGUUCCACAACUGGUGGGAGGACAACUGGAUGAACGACGUCUACAUUCCCUGGAACGCGUCGUACUACCGCCGCGACAUCCUCGUCCAGAACUACGCCGGACUCGAGGAGGAGCAGAAGGAGGGGGACGUGGUGGAGAAGGGCGUAGCCAUCAAGGUAGAGCCGCGACGAUACGAGGCCGUGCACGACCUGCCUCCGGCCUUCUACAUCCGAGAGGUGGAACGCGCACGCACCAAAGUCCGGCAGUGGCUAUCCGGGCAUCUGGCUGCAUCGGCCAGGUCGCGCGAGCGGCUGCUGGGGGUGGAGUUGGAGUACUGCCGAAGCGUGAACGAGACGCUCACCUUCUACAACCCCAUCACCAACCCCUGCGUCAACGGCCGCAAGAAGCCCGAGUGGCAGUGA